GCGAUGACAGAGUAGGUGUUCGAGGCCUCACCAUGUGUCCGACUAGCCUUUUCUCUGCCUUGCUUGCGUGAGCUUCAGCAGAAUUCGAGAUGGCUGGUCGUAAGGCUGGGAAGGACUCCGGAAAGGCCAAGACAAAGGUGGUUUCCCGCUCACAGAGAGCCGGCUUGCAGUUCCCAGUUGGCAGUAUUCAUCGACAUCUGAAAUCUAGGACAACCAGCCAUGGACGUGUGGGAGCGACUGCCGCGGUGUACAGCGCAGCCAUCCUGGAGUAUCUCAUCGCUGAGGUACUUGAAUUGGCAGGAAAUGCAUCAAAAGAUUUAAAGGUAAAGCAUAUUACCCCUCGUCACUUGCAACUUGCUAUUCGUGGAGAUGAAGAAUUGGACUUUCUCAUCAAGGCUACAAUUGCUGGUAGUGGUGUUAUCCCCCACAUCCACAAGUCUCUUAUUGGGAAGAAAGGACAACAGAAGAUUGUCUAAAGGAUGCCUGGAUUCCUUGUUAUCUCAGAACUCUAAAUACUCUUAACAGCUGUCCAGUGUUGGUGAUUCCAGUGAAAAAACACAAUUUUGCCUUUUUGUAAUUCUAUUUGAGCAGGUUGAAAGUUUAAUUAGCUUUCCAACCAACCAAAUUUCUGCAUUCGAGUCUUAACCAUAUUUAAGUGUUACUGUGGCUUCAAAGAAGCUAUUGAUUCUGAAGUAGUGGGUUUUGAUUGAGUUAACUGUUUUU